AUGAUCAGCAGAUUAACUAUUUUGUUCUCCCUUCUACUUAUCAUUUCAAACAUUCCUCACAGUCUGCAGGAAGAAGUCACCAUUUCCGUCCAGUCUGUGACAACUAUAGCGAGGACAGAUUGGAACUUCAUCUGUGCAACUUUGGAUUGGUGGCCUCCAGAGAAAUGCAACUACAAUAUGUGCCCAUGGGGAAAGUCUUCCAUUAUUAACCUGAACUUGAAUAAUACUAUUCUGAACAAUGCUAUUAAAGCUUUCAGUUCCUUAAGGAUAAGGUUGGGUGGCUCUCUUCAAGAUCAAGUCAUAUACAAUGUUGGGAGAAAUUUACCCCCAUGCCACAGUUUUGAAAAGUUGAAAGAAGGGCUCUUCGGUUUCUCUACUGGAUGCCUUGACAUGCCCAGAUGGGACAAGCUCAAUGAAGUACUUAGCAAAGCUGGAGCUGUGUUAACCUUUGGGCUCAAUGCACUCUAUGGUAGAGCAAAAGUUCCAUCAACAAGCCUUUAUGUUGGUGAUUGGGACUCCACCAAUGCUCGUGAACUUAUUAACUACACCAUCUCAAAGAAUUAUAAGAUUGAUUCCUGGGAGUUAGGAAACGAGCUAUCGGGAGGUGGGAUCGGUGCGAGGGUUGAAGUUGAACAAUAUGGAAAGGAUUUGAUUGCGUUGAAGGCUCUUAUUGAUGAAUUAUACCAAAAAUCUUCCUCAAAACCGAAGAUUUUAGCUCCUGGAGGCUUCUUCGACCAAGCCUGGUUUAAUAAAAUGCUUCAAAUCACAGGGCCUGAUGUUGUUAAUGGUGUGACACAUCACAUCUACAACCUUGGUGGAGGAGAUGAUAAAGGAAUACUGCAGAAGAUCUUGGAUCCUUACUAUCUCGAUUAUAUAGUUCAAACAUUCAAGAAUGUGGCUCUCACAAUCAGAAACUUUGGGCCAUGGAGUUCUUCAUGGGUUGGUGAAGCUGGAGGUGCAUACAAUAGUGGAGCCAAAGGCGUUUCAAAUACUUUUGUCAAUAGCUUUUGGUACUUAGAUCAGCUUGGUAUGGCAUCAGUGUUUGGCCAUAAGGUCUACUGCAGACAAACUUUGAUAGGAGGGAACUAUGCUCUUCUCAAUACUACAAAUUUUAAACCUAAUCCUGAUUACUAUAGUGCCUUGUUGUGGAGCAGAUUGAUGGGACCAGAAGUUCUACAAACCCUUCAUGACGGCUCUCCAUAUCUGCGAGCAUACACUCAUUGCGCUAAGAACAAGGCUGGUGUUACUAUGUUGCUGAUUAAUCUAUCCAACUCCACAACUUUUAAUGUUUCAGUAAAAAAUGAUAUGAAUUUAUAUCCACCCAAAAUGGGAAAAAUUUCAACAAGUGAAAUUCUGGAGCAAGGAGAAAGAGAAGAGUACCACUUGACACCAAAACAUGGCAAGCUUCAGAGCAGGGUAGUUCUUCUUAACGGGAAGCAGUUGAAGCUCACACACACCAAAGAUAUUCCCGAAAUAAAUCCAAUCUCUUCUGGUCCUCAUCCAAACGCUACUGUGCAGAUCUCUCCUCUCUCAAUUCUCUUUGUUAGAUUUAAAGACUUUCGUGCUCCAGCAUGCCCUGUAAAGAAUUAGGGUAUCAGGAUUUAUGCAGCAUGUAUAUGCAUCUAUCUAAUCCUAUAAUAUUUACUUUAUAUCUUUGUUUCAUGGUAAUUAAGUGCUUACCAAAUUGGAAAAAGCUUAUGAGAAGAAACAGAUUUUGUUAGGAAGUGCUCUUAGAAAUUUAAUGCUUUUUCAGCGGUCCAAACACAAUUCACAAGAAGAAUUAUAAGGAAUAAUGAGAGCAAAACCUUUUUGUUUG